GCUUGGUGAUGGAUUUUGGUGUUGGUGUGACUUGCCACUCCCAUAUACGCUUAAGUUAUUCUUCAAAGCUUAGUUUCUCUGUCGCAUUAUCCCUAUGGCUAAUUAGUCUGAUGCCUAGGGAGCCACCGAAAGCAAUUGCGCAUGCAACCUUUUUUACUUUUAUUGUUAAAUGUUAAGACAAUGGACAGGGUUGGAUUAUCCUUUAAACUAGUCGAGGCUGCAGCUCAGGCCCCCCAAACUUGGUCAUACCUUACUUCAGGCUAAGUAUAUGUGGCUAAAAAAAAGUCAAAAUAGGUGCUGUAAGUUGGAUGGCUCUGUCUGAACUAAAUAAUGGUUGAAAAUGGCCUUAGAGAUGAGGCAUCUAUUUUCCUGGGAUACUGAGUACAGUGCUGACUCAGCUGAGUUCUGCCCUAUUAGUACAUAUGAGGAUUACCUUGCAGUGGGUACAUACCAGCUGACAGAUCCUGAGAAAGCUUUAGACACCUCAAAUGAGGGAGGUGAAGGAGAAACAGAUAGUCUAGAUGGAGCAGCAAAGGAUGUACCAAAAAAACGACUAGGCCGUCUCUACCUCAAGCAGAAGAUUGAUGAAAAACUAUGUUUAGUUCAGCAAAUUGAUAUGCCUGCUAUUUUGGAUAUGAAGUGGUGUCAGCAUGAGAUAUCAGGAACACCAGUGCUAGCCAUUGCAAAUGCUGUUGGUCAAUUACUUCUCUAUAGACUAAUAACAGCAGGAGAGAAAUUGUGUUUGGAGUAUCACUGUAAGUUUCAAAUAGAAGAAGAAACCCUUGCUCUCUCACUAGACUGGUCAACAGGAAAAACUAUCAGUGAGAAUCCUUUAAUAUCAGUUAGUGAUUCUAAGGGAAAGAUCAACAUUUUACAGUUGACUAAUGGAGAACUUGUUCUCCAAAAAAGAUUUUUAGCCCAUGACUUUGAAGCUUGGAUAACAGCCUUUGACUACUGGGAUCCUAACACAGUGCUUACGGGAGGUGAUGAUUGCAAGUUCCGCAGAUUUGACAUUAGAGCUGAAUCAGCCCUACCAGUGUUUACUAGCAGAGUGCAUAGUGCAGGAGUUACAAGCAUUCAAAGUAAUUGUCACUCAGAACACCUUUUGGCAAGUGGAAGCUAUGAUGAAACAGUUAAUUUGUGGGACACAAGAAAUAUGCGAUCCCCAAGUGCUUCCACAUCUCUUGGUGGUGGUGUGUGGCGUCUUAAGUGGCAUCCUCAAGGAAAGUCAUUAUUGUUGUGUGCUUGUAUGUAUAAUGGAUUUCAUGUAAUAGACACUGAAAGUAUGGAAACUGUGGUUUCUUUUAAUGAACACCAGAGUAUAGCAUAUGGUGUUGACUGGUGGUAUACUAUGAAAGAUUCCACCCAUGUUGUUGCAUCUGCAUCAUUUUAUGACCAUCUUUUAUGUCUCUGGGAAUUUAAAAAGAAUUAAUGUGCAAGUAUUAAAAGGAAUUGUAUGCAUUAUUAUAUAAAUUGACC